AUGCCUGCCGCACUCGACUCUCAGAAGCUCGGUCUCGUCUUUCAGGCGCGGCCAGAUAUCAUUGAAGGCAUCAAGGCGGCCGCUGAUUCUCCCGCCCGAGUCACCCUGUUCAACAAUAUCGCGAGCUUCGUGUACGACCAGCUUCAAACCAAUGGCGAACCCUCUGCGAAACGGAGGCGAGUAGACGAAGGCGCAUCCACCGGCGCCGCUACCAACGGUGCGAACGGGGUCGAUGCCUCCAAGGAGCCGGUUCUCCUCGAGGUCAAGGAAAUCUCCGUGUCCAUGCCCCAGCGAAAGAAGUUUGAUCUGUGCUUCACGGCAAACCAUAUCUAUGCCAGGGCGGCAAAUGCCCCAGGCCCUGUGCAAGGCAUUGUGUAUAGGUGGCAAGACAUUGCUCUGGCAGAAUACGUUUUCUACCUGCCUGUUCCCGAAAAGGCUCAGGUCCAACACAACUACAUUCUCUUCCCCAAGGGAACCGCUCUCGCUUCCCUCAAGGGCGGUCCUCCGGCGAUUGAUCCUCUCGUAUUUACCGUCCCAGCGACGGCGCCAAAACAGGGUACGAUUGGAGGCACCGAUGCGCCGAAAGCCUCAAGUUUUUCGGAUUCAUACCAAACGCUCUUCAGCUGGGCGUUUAAAAACCAUCUGCGUAAAGCUGGAAAUGCCAUCAACAUCGUUGCUGCAGACCCCAACAAGUUUCACAGUGAGAUCCCUCAGCCACAUCGGCCCAAGGAAAAGGCCGUCCAUGUCAAGGGUUUCCGGGGCUCCAAGGAUGGCUACUUGUUCUUCCUGGAGAACGGUAUCCUCUGGGGCUACAAGAAACCUCUCCUAUUCAUCCCGCUCGAUCGCAUAUCCGCCGUCAGCUACACCAGCGUUCUCCAGAGGACAUUUAAUAUGGUCAUUGAAGUGUUUGCUAGUGAGGGAGAAGGGACAGAAGAGGUGGAGUUUGGCAUGAUCGAUCAGGCCGACUAUGGCGGCAUUGAUGAGUCGUACAUCAAGAAGAAUAGGUUGCAAGACCGGAGCAUGGCAGAACAGCGAAAAGCCAAGCUGGAGCUCGCCGAAAAUAUACGGGCGGCGAAGAAGGCUGGGGGCGCUGAGGGCGACGAGGUGCCGACCAACGGUGCCGAAGCUGAUGUGACGGGUGGCAUGUCCGAAUUAGAGAAGGCGCAGCUUGAGGCAGAGCAGGCGCUUCAGGACGAUGAGGACGAAGACGAAGAAGAUUACGACCCCGGAAGCGAUGGCGAAAGCGAGGGCUCCGGCUCUAACGAGGAAGAAGAAGAAGACGGCGAGGAGGAGGAGGAGGAGGUCGAAGAGGAGGACGCAGAGGUCAAGAUGGAGAUAGUCAAGGAAGAGAAACCUGUGGCGAAGGCACCUCCCGCGAAGGCACCUCCAGCAAAGGCACCUCCCGCGCCGAAGCCCAAAGCUAAGCUGCCGGCGAGAAACGUCACACAAGUGCUUAUGAGCGGCACAGACGAUUUUGAUCAUUCACGAGACAAUGACGAUGACCUAGACAUGGAAGAGAGAUUUGACGUCGUCGGGUGA